AUCACACAUGCUCAAACUAUGGUCGACCAGCAAGCCACGGCCGGCAACCCUCUUACUAGUUAACAACCUACAUUCUUCGAUCGUUUCAAACGCGGCCAGCACCUCGACUUCCUUGAACGUGGCCCCCAAAUGGACGCCAAAUUCCAUUCGAACAGGUGUUAUUGCUCGAAAACGGGGAAUGACCGCACUUUGGAACGACCAAGGUGUCCGUUAUCCUGUGACCGUGCUCCAGCUUGAAAAUUGUCAAGUCACUGCAAACAUACGGUCCACUCGUAGAAACCAUACGGAAUACCACGCUAUACAAGUUGCAGCGUCAGAUAAGCCGGCCAAAGGUACUACAAACCAAAUGCUCGGACAUUUUCGGAAAGCUGCUGUACCUCCAAAGCGAAUUGUCAGGGAAUUCCCCAUAACACCGGACGCUCACAUCCCAGUUGGUACGACUCUGUCUGCCGUUCAUUUUGUGCCUGGGCAGUUCGUGGAUGUAGUUGCCAAUUCUAUCGGGAAAGGUUUUCAAGGUGGCAUGAAAAGAUGGGGAUUCCAUGGAUUGGCCGCGAGUCACGGUGUGUCCGUUUCACAUCGAUCCUCUGGUUCAACAGGUCAGCAUCAGGAUCCUGGCAGAAUUUUUCCUGGAAAAAAAAUGGCUGGACAUAUGGGAAAUAAGCGUAUCACGACUCAGAAUUUAGCGGUUGUUCGGGUGGACACUGCUCUGGAUCUUAUCUUCGUGAGAGGUGCUGUACCUGGAGUGGACAAUGCCCAUGUCCUUAUCCGUGAUGCGAAGAAGAAGAUGCAGGCUUUGAGUCGGCAUAAUCAAGCCAAGGGACUCUAUGAGAAGGUGCUACCGAAGGGCGUGGAUGACCUCCCGUUCCCCGCAGGGACAGCAGAGAUCGCUAAAAAAUUGCCACCUAUCAUUGAUGCACCGUCGUAUCGUAGAAGCCCCUUCAUCCCUCAGGAAUAGUAGAUAUAUUUUGGAUCGAGUAAUAGCCAAGAAAUAUAAUAUACCUAUAGGACGCG